AUUAAUUAAUUAAUUAAUUAAUUAGUUGACGGAACUGCAACACGUGUGUGACUCUCUAAAUAGAUAUUGUUGAUAUCAAGUGUUUUGGAGCAGGCGCAUUCUAGACAUAUGUUGCAAGUUGACUGCAGCAAAAUGAACGGUCCACCGCCGUGUAAUAUGCUGACGGAAACUGAGAGAAGGGAGUGCAAACUUCUUCUCGAUAAGCUCAGUACUGAAGACAUUAUUAGUCUGACAGACACAGUUUGUAACAGAAUGGUAUCUACUGAUUCUCGUGAAGAGGCUUUGGAGGCGAUUCUAAUGUAUAGCGAAAGUGCUAAGCAGCUGUUGAGAAGAAAGAAAGUGAGAAGAGAGCACAUUUUUCAGUACUUGGCUGAGAAACAGAUUUAUGCUUCGGCGAGCGCUGAUAAAACGACUCUUAUGAGGAAGGUACUUGAUCUUUGGGGAACACCACCAGACGCCGGUGCAAUCACACGAGUUCCGGCUGAUGUGGAGUAUCCUCCAGGUAUUGAUGGUGCUCUUGUUUCCCCCACGGAUCCUCACUAUCCAUUUGCCUACCCCUGUUCUACUUAUGACUUUUCCCAAUAUCCAGCUGUGAUGUCUCAAGUUUCCUCUUCUUCACUGCAGUCUUGCCCUCCUGGCCCAAGUUCUGUAAUGCGAACAAUGAUUACAAGUGCACAAGCUGUUGCUCAAGACAUCCUAGAAGUUACAAACCGACCUUCUCAACCAGUAGAAGGUCAAAAACUAGCAGAAAAGUUUGCUCCUUGGUUCUACUCUAUGUUGAAUGGUGUUAGUUCGGCACUUCAUCAGGUUGGUUCAGACCCAAGAAUGACUUUUGGGCCCCAACAUUUUUGGCCAGAUGCUCAACUGUCGAUCUACACUCUUCCCAUGGGAGGCCAUGAGGAACAUACAGGACCUGACGAUGUCAGUCAAGCUCUUGCUCUUCUUAUUAGUUCAGGUAUUUACUUCAAUGCAAACUUGGAUAUAGAUGGAGUGAAAGGGUUGAUGAAUCCACAUGGCAGUGUUGUUAUUACUGUCGCUGGAACAACUCAUAAAGGACCCGAGUGUACAGGUGUAUUUAAACAGUGCUUUGGACUAGUAAAGGAUCCAAUGAUGGAAAACAACUGGAGAAUCAAGUUCACAAGACUACAUCUUAUUCGUGGACAAGCAACACAGAAGCCAACAGCCGACCAGCCUGCAGUACUAACUCUGCCAGAAUCGUGGAGUUUAUGAUGUCAACCGCAGAUUUACCCACUUGUCCAUUUGUCUUUCGUCUCUCUAUUUGUACAUCUGUUCGUGUGUCUACUUGUUUGUAUGCACAUCCACCAGUUGACACUGUUUUUUGACAAUACGUAGUGUUGCCUACUUGUCGAUCAGUUGGCACAUGUGAAAGUGGAUUGGUGUUAAGUCACUGAGUUGCAGAGGUCGUCUAAAUUAAGUAACACACACCUGAAGUUAAUGUACAGAGAGUAUAGUGUUGCUCAACAUAGAUUUGUAUUUGAGCUCUAGACUACAGAUUAACUGAUAAAAUCUGGUUUUUCGAUAAAUAGGUAGCAAUGUCAUAUGUACAGUACAACUACUGUAGCUUGCAUUAAUUGUAUUGCUAGACGAAGAUGUUUUCGUUACAGUCAAAGUUUGAGUAUUUUCAUUGUUGUAACUUGUUACAGAUAGAUUCGGUGAACUGAGAGCAGGACGCCAUGCCACCGAUAUCAACAGUUCUUGUCUAAAACAAUAAAUGGUCUCUCCAA